AUGCCGUAUUCAAGUCUCUUCCGAUCGGAAGAGAUGUCUCUCAUCCAACUAUAUAUACCACUAGAGACUGCACAACCAACCGUGGCAGAAUUAGGAGAAUUGGGCUUGAUUCAAUUUCGAGAUUUGAAUCCUGACGUUAAUGCGUUUCAACGCGCUUUUGUCAAGGAAAUUAGGCGAUUCGAUGAAAUGGAAAGACAUCUAAGAUUUUUUGAUGCACAACUUAAAAAAUCGGAUAUUCCUAUUCAACUACUCACUGGAGAUGUACGAAAUAUACAUGCUCGAAGUGCUCAAGAGAUUGAUGACCUUGAGGGAAAGAUCAUAGAACAUGAACGGCGCAUCACCAAUAUGAAUAAUUCUACAGAGACUUUACAAAAACAAUAUUUAGAAUUAACCGAGAUGAGAUAUGUUCUACAGGAGACUAGAAUAUUUUUUGACGAG